CAGCUCUUUUCUUUACAAUGUGGGUGAGUAUAUGAGAGCUUUUGUACUGGGCUGACUGAACACUGAAGUCAACGGUUGACUGAGAAGAGGACAAGGUUAUUUCUAUCAUGAGGAGGCAGAAAGGAAUCUGACAAAGAACACAUUGCCAUCAUAUAUAAGGAGGGAUACUGGUGUGAAACAAGUGAAGCAAAGGACAGAUAUCACUACGUGUUUUGAGUUUAAUGGAGUUAAUGGACCUGUUGUGGUAUGUGAUGCUCGGCACCUGUGCCCUGAGUGCUGUUGUCUCUACUUGUCCAGAGCACUGUCAAUGUAACGGCGUAAAAAUCCGAUGCCAGGGGUUUAUGAUAAAAGAUUUUCCAUCUUCAAUUCCAUCAAACACCAUCAGUCUCUUCAUUACCAACACCAGCAUACCAACAUUAAAACCAUCUGAUUUUGAGAAUUUGACUGAUACGCUCACUUCAUUUCUAGCAAAGGAUUCAAAAAUAACUGAGGUGCAACCGCAUACCUUUAACCAAACGCUGAAACUUAUUGCCUUGGGAAUAAGUGGGACAGAGCUAACUUCUUUACCAGAGGAUCUGUUUCAAAAUCUAAAGGUGUUAUCAACUCUGACAUUGAGUAAUAACAAACUUAAAGAUCUUCCCUCCUCGCUUCUCCACCCCCUUACAGCUUUAACCAAACUGGACCUGAGCAAAAAUAAUCUUACCUUCUUGGCAGAUGAUGUGUUUCACAAUUUAGGACAGUUGCAAGAACUUCAAUUGCAAAGAAACUCUAUUGAAAAGCUUAAUGUACGUACUUUUAAAGGACUUAGUCAGCUCAAAACUCUGGUCCUACAGCAAAAUAAUCUAAUAAAUAUAUCAGAAGGAACCUUCAAUGACCUGGUGAACCUUGAGACGCUGCAUCUUCAAGACAACAAAAUCAUGCAGUUACCAGCAAAUCUCUUCUCAAAUCUACAAAAGCUGAAGAAACUCUACCUCUCCAACAAUAGGUUAACAUUGCUUCCCCAUGGAAUCUUUUUUAAUCUUCCCAGUUUAUCUACUAUCUCACUGUACAAGAACAAACUCAACCAUUUGUUGCCCGGGACCUUUGGUCCAGUGGCUCUCCAAGAGCUCUGGCUGUAUGACAACAUGUUAACCCACCUAGAGGAGAAUGUUUUUAGCAACUUAACCGAAGUUUACCUUUUGGUACUUAGUAGGAACCAAAUUCAGCACAUUUCACCUGGUGCGUUCAAUGGCUUGAUGAAGGUUGAGGAGAUCUCCCUACACACAAAUCGAUUAACUAGCAUCAAAGGAGGAAUUUUCAAAGAUCUUCCAAAGUUAACCAACAUAUCUCUGGAGAACAAUGAAAUCAGACAAAUUCCCGUUGAUCUCUUAGAUGGCGUAUCUCGGUUAAAUCAGCUGGAGCUUCAAAAUAACUCUCUUCCAAAUUUACAAAAAGAAUUUCUAAAGUCUUUGUCUGUGGUCGAUAAUGUCAUACUUACACCAAAUCCAUGGAGGUGCGAUCAUGACAUAAUACCUUUACGGAAUUGGCUGAAAGACUUUACAGGCAAAGUAAAGAAUUUUACUUCUGUCGUGUGCGACAGUCCCGCACAAUUGAAUGGGAUACCGAUUAGAGAUCUUAAGGAUGAAAACAUCACAGCAGGCACACAAGAGCUCGACGACGCAUAUGGAAGUGAGACGGAGGGAUGGCAACUAUCUAAAGAAAGUAUCAUCAUCAUAGUAUCCGUUCUUUGCUCUGCUCUCAUUGUCAGCAUCAUUGCUUGUGUUUUAUGGAGGAGGCACAUGCGGGGCAGUCAAGACUUGGACCGUCAAAGAAAGAAAAACUCAGUCAUCUGGUAUAUGCCUUUAGGAAGUGCACUGGUAUUCGUCUGCAUACUUGUGCAACUGCACUGGAGCCAUGAACAGGGCUGUGAAAAGAGUGAAGACUGCAAAAACAAAGAUGUGUAUGACAAAACUGUGACAGCAAUACCAGAAAAGCUGAAGGAUGGAGCUGAUGAAGUAUAUUUUGUAGGCAGUCAGAUUAAAACCAUACCAAAAGGGGCUUUUUCUAACAACACUCAAUUCAAAAAAAUUGAAUUUUUAGGAACCUCAACUCAGUCUGUAGAGAUAGGAGCCUUUGAGGGUUUACCUAAUAUCACGGCCAUCGAGAUAUCUGGCACCGAAGUGACAACAUUACCUGUGGGUGUUUUUAAAGAUCUCAUCAACCUUACAAAACUUACUUUGAAAAGUAACAAAAUCCAGAGCCUUGAAAAAGGGAUAUUUGAUGAUUUAAAAAAACUUGAAAACAUCUUUCUAAAUAUGAAUGAAAUCACAGCCAUUGAGGAGGGGGUAUUCGAUAAUUUGGAGAAUCUCCAAAUGCUUCAUCUUGGAAAGAACAACAUUAGCUCUGUAUCAACACCUCUCUUUUCAAAACUUAAGAACCUGCAGAUUUUCAGGAUUUAUGAGAACCAACUGACUGCUAUUCCUGAUGGGAUUUUUGAUAAUUUUCCUAAUGUGAAAGAAAUUGGUUUGAAUGGCAACAAAAUCUCGUCUUUACAACCAAAUUUGUUUCCACACAAAAGUAAAUUAUCAACCCUAACUUUGGACAGUAAUCUUUUAUCCGAACUACCAGAAAAUCUUUUUGUUGGUUUCCCUGCACUAAAGACUCUAACUCUGCAUAAUAAUCAACUCACCAGCCUCCCCAAUGUUCUCUUCGGAGAAAUGCCGAAACUAACAGAUCUGAACCUUAGCAAGAAUAAUCUUUCUUAUAUUCCAACUGGAGUAUUCAGCCCACUGAAGAGGGUGAGAAAGUUAGAUCUCUCCUCAAACCAGUUUUUGAGUUUAUCUGGAGAAUCUUUUGAAGGUCUCGAGAAACUGUCUGAACUUAAUCUUCGAAACAACUUCAUACAAUCAUUAAAAGCGGAGGAUUUUGAGAAAAUUCAGUCUCUUACUAACCUUAAACUAGAAAAUAACAAUCUACGAAUCCUUCCUGGAGAUGUUUUUCAAAAUCUUCCAAAACUCAGUAGUGUUUACCUGAACAAUAACCCAUGGCAAUGUGACUGUGACCUGUUGCCUUUCUUUGAAUGGAUGAUAGACAAUAAACAAAAGAUCAAGUCGAGAUCUCCAGAACUUUGUGAGUCCCCUAUAGAUAUGCAAAAUCUACCUAUCUUGGAUUUAAAAGAAGAACAAUUGAUAUGUCGCACAACAACCCAAUACGUUACCACUACCAUGACCACCACCACAUUGCCUACCACAACUUUAUUGACAACAACAUUAACAACAGUUGCACCUACUACAACAACUUUAACAACAGCUCCACCUACAACAACAACAUUAACAACAGCUCCACCUACGAUAACAACAUUGACAACAGUUGCACCUACUACAACAACUUUAACAACAGUUGCACCUACUACAACAACUUUAACAACAGCUCCACCUACGACAACAACAUUAACAACAGCUCCACAUAUGACAACACCAUUAACAACAGUUCCACCUACGACAACAACAUUGACAACAGUUGCACCUACUACAACAACAUUAACAACAACAACACCUACAACAACUUUAACAACAGCUUCACCUACAACAACUACAUUAACAACAACAGCACCUACAACAACUACACCAACAACCGUUCCGAUAACUACGACAACACCACAGACCACCACAGUCAUCACCACCGCACCAACUACUCAACUCACAACUUCACUUCCUACCACCGUCGUUACAACGAAAUCUCCAACCACUACGUCAGCCCCCACAACUGCAUUAACAACCGCAAUACAACCUACAACCACCUCGAUUGUCACCACCACAUCAACAACCACCACCACGAUGCAGCCUACAACUACAUCUCUGAUGACAACAAUCGCUACGACUUUUUCAACUACAUUGAAUCCCACCACCACAACACCUUUUCCCACCACAUGUAGCAGUUUCAUCUACCUUGACUCCCAUCAACAAUCUUUUUCAAGAGCUAGACCUACCCACAGGUUCUCAUCAUGCAAGGCUCUUCUGAUAUAUUACUCGACAAUGCUGAUAAUAGAAAUCUGCUGUACGGUGGUGCUGGCUAAGUAUACAUAUUCACUAUACUGCUCUCUCCAGAACAGAGAGAGACUCUACAACCAGGUAAAACUGACCCAUUUCUCCUAUACUAAGUCCAUAACACUCAGACCUGUGGAUGAGGCAGAGACUGUAGCUCUCUCCACCUACGACAACAACAUUAACAACAGCUCCACCUAUGACAACACCAUUAACAACAGUUCCACCUACGACAACAACAUUGACAACAGUUGCACCUACUACAACAACAUUAACAACAACAACACCUACAACAACUUUAACAACAGCUUCACCUACAACAACUACAUUAACAACAACAGCACCUACAAAAACUAUACCAACAACCGUUCCGAUAACUACGACAACACCACAGACCACCACAGUCAUCACCACCGCACCAACUACUCAACUCACAACUUCACUUCCUACCACCGUCGUUACAACGAAAUCUCCAACCACUACGUCAGCCCCCACAACUGCAUUAACAACCGCAAUACAACCUACAACCACCUCGAUUGUCACCACCACAUCAACAACCACCACCACGAUGCAGCCUACAACUACAUCUCUGAUGACAACAAUCGCUACGACUUUUUCAACUACAUUGAACCCCACCACCACAACACCUUUUCCCACCACAUACACCUUGAAAAAGGGUUAUUUGACGAUUUAAAAAAACUUGAACAAUUGGGUCUACGUAUGAAUGACAUCACAUCCAUUGAGGAGGGGGUAUUCAAUAAUUUGGAGAAUCUCCAAAUGCUUCAUCUCGGAAAGAACAACCUUAGCUCUGUAUCAACAUCUCUCUUUUCAAAACUUAAGAACCUGCAGAUUUUCAGGAUUUAUGAGAACCAGCUGACUGCUAUUCCUGAUGCGAUUUUUGAUAACUUUCCCAAUGUGAAAGAAAUUGGUUUGUAUGGCAACAAAAUCUCAUCUAUACAACCAAAUUUGUUUCCACACAAAAGUAAACUAUCAACCCUAACUUUGGACAGUAAUCUUUUAUCCGAACUACCAGAAAAUCUUUUUGUUGGUUUUCCUGCACUAAAGACUCUAACUCUGCAUAACAAUCAACUCACCAGCCUCCCCAAUGUUCUCUUCGGAGAAAUGCCGAAACUAACAGAUCUGAACCUUAGCAAGAAUAAUCUUUCUUAUAUACCAACCGGAGUUUUCAGCCCACUGAAGAGGGUGAGAAAGUUAGAUCUCUCCUCAAACCAGUUUUUGAGUUUAUCUGGAGAAUCUUUUGAAGGCCUCGAGAAACUGUCUGAACUUAAUCUUCGAAACAACUUCAUACAAUCAUUAAAAGCUGAGGAUUUUGAGAAAAUUCAGUCUCUUACUAACCUCAAACUAGAAAAUAACAAUCUACGAAUCCUUCCUGGAGAUGUUUUUCAAAAUCUUCCAAAACUCAGUAGUGUUUACCUGAACAAUAACCCAUGGCAAUGUGACUGUGACCUGUUGCCUUUCUUUGAAUGGAUGAUAGACAAUAAAGGAAAGAUCAAGUCGAGAUCUCCAGAACUUUGUGAGUCCCCUAUAGAAAUGCAAAAUCUACCUAUUUUGGACUUAGAAGAAGACCAAUUGAUAUGUCGAACAACAACCCAAUAUGUUACCACUACCAUGACUACCACCGCAUUGCCAACAACUUUAUUGACAACAACAUUAACAACAAUUGCACCUACUACAACAACUUUAACAACAGCUCCACCUACUACAACAACAUUAACAACAGCUCCUCCUACUACAACAACAUUAACAACAGCUCCACCUACGACAACAACAUUAAAAACAGCUCCACCUACUACAACAACAUUAACAACAGCUCCUACUACUACAACAACAUUAACAACAGCUCCACCUACUACAACAACUUUAACAACAGCUCUUCCUACUACAACAACAUUAACAACAGUUCCACUUACUAAAACAACUUUAACAACAGCUCCACCUACAACAACAACAUUAACAACAGCUUCACCUAUGACAACACCAUUAACAACAGUUGCACCUACUACAACAACUUUAACAACAGCUCCUCCUACUACAACAACUUUAACAACAGCUCCUCCUACUACAACAACAUUAACAACAGUUGCACCUACAACAACUACACCAACAACCAUUCCGAUAACCACGGCAACACAACAGACCACCACAGUCAUCAUCACCGCACCAACUACUCAACUCACAACUUCACUGCCUACCACUGUCGCUACAACAAAAUCUCCAACCACUAUGUCAGCCACCACAACUACAUUAACAACCACAAUACAACCGAUACAACGGUUUUCAUUAUGCAAGACUCUUUUGAUAUAUAACUUAACAAUGCUCAUGAUUUUAAUCUGCUGUACGGUGGUGCUGGCUAAAUAUACAUAUUCACUAUACUGCUCUCACCAGAACAGAGCCAGACUCUACAACCAGGUAAAACUGACCCAUUUCUCCUAUACUAAGUCUAUAAUACUAGUGGAUGUUGAUGAGGCGGAGACUGUAGCUCUAUAAGAAGUUUUUUUUUUAAAGACUACAAGAAGUUAACUGCUGUCUCUGAUAAGAAUGCACUUUUUGACUUGAUGAGGAUUCCACAGGACGAUAAUCUGGACUACAGAAAUGCUUUUAACCAAUGCAUGAACUGUUAAACUUUGCAUAUUAGUUUUAACACUCCCAGUUGCACUUACUGUCCUUAUUCUGAAGUCUUCAUCUACUAUAUGGUCAGUAGCAGUGGCGGCUGGUGUCUGCUCUUCUGAGGGGCGCAAAUUCAAAAUAUGUGUUUGUUGCGUCAUGUGAACCAUGCGCAUCGCGUGUUUUGUCAAAAUAAUUGCCUGCUGCACAUGCGUCAAAACCGUUUAUGAUAAAAGAGACGCUCACGUUCACAAAAUACACGCAAGACACUCACUUAACAGUACACUAAGGGGUUUUCACACUGCGCUUAACCCUGGGUUAUCUUCAUUCUAAACCCCGCUUUUAACCCAGGGUUAUGAAACCCCGCAUUGUGGUGCCAAACGCAUGCAGUGUGAAACGAAGCAGGGUUAGAAUGUUAUGACCCUAAUUAAACACAGCUGAAGUAGCUAAUCAAGGCUUGAUAAUUACAGACAGGUGUGUUGAAACUGGGUUGGAGACACGUGAUGCACAUAUGUUCACUUGACGCACAGAACAUAUAUUUUGAAAUUACGAACCACACACAUGACGGGCUACAUACCUGUUGUGACAAACUUCACAUCAUACGCCCUUGAAAAAAGUAGUCACCGGCUAUGAUCCCCUAUGAUUACGAUGAGACAGUGAACCACUUUUAGUGCUAUUUAGCACUGUUUGUUCCUUUUCUGGGAAACAGCUAUGUUAUACAGCAAUAUAAUAUGUUUCAAAACUCUUGUGUCAGUUACUGAAGCUAAAGACAACUGUGGCCAGGGGCGUAGCACAAGGUCCAAGGCCCUAUGAAUAGGCAUUCCUGAUAUUCAAACAGUUUUGCACUAUAGAUUUUGUGUUCUAGUUUUAAGUUUGUGCUCACCUUUCUUUGAAAAGUCAGUCACAAAUCGUUUCCCCUCGUUUAGUUUUUCCUUCUCCUGUCUUUCCUUUCUUUUUUGGUGGCCUGAUUUAGCUUUGUUUGAGAAAGACAAUUCAACCGCACCGCAGAAGUUUGCGCUCCACCAGACGAUUAACUAAUAUAAACAACAUACGCGUGCAGUUGAACUAAACCAAUUGGCACGUUAGCAAGGGGUGGGACCGUGAAACUUUAGAUAGUUUUUACUUAUACAAAAUGUGACUUAUACAAGUCAGUCAAACAAUUAUUCAGCCAAUACACUAACUUUACAUUUCAUCUUACAUUUAUUAUCAAAUUUAAUUAGGAAAUGAAAAUAUCCAGGUAAAAUAAAAUUUAUAAAAAGGUUAGUUCCAAUCCUUGAUUCUGAUUGGUCAAUAGGUGUGCUUUAUUCACGAUAAAACAUGGCUAAAGGGGAUCGCACAGCAGCCGCGCAGCUCAGCGUCGCGCCGCGUCCAGUCGCGUCUAGGACAACUAAAUAGCGCGAGCUUCGUCAGAUUGCAUCUACUUCAAAAUGCAAAAUAUAUGUUAGCAGCCAAUGUUAAUCGUUAAUGAUUUGGGACAAAUAUGAUGUUAUUUAAUGUUAAACUAUGUGAUUGGCGCUGUGUGGCACAACAGGGAUUUGAGCAACUUCUUGAGUCACAGCUGGGCGGCGCGGACAGGCGCCACUUGGCGGCGCCGGUGUGCAUAUACUCAUAGAAAACAAUGUGUUUGAUUUUUUUAGAAUGGUGCGGCGCUGAGCGGCGCGGCUGGUGUGCGAUCCCCUUAUGACCGCUUCACCCAACGGUUGUGUUUAUUACUGCGCCCUUAGCAACACCCUUAGCAACCACACGUAUCGGUUUGUUGUUUUUAUUUGAGCUUUCAUUGGAACACAUUUUUGUUUAUGGUCAGGGACUACUGUAUUUUUUAUAGCGGAAGGAAUGCUUUUUAUUGAUUUAACUUCAUGAAAGUUGCACUAAUAUUUUUUUUAUUAAAAAAUAUUUAAGCAAUAAGGUUCUUGAGGCAAGUGCUGUAUCGUGAAUAAGUAACGGCUGAAGGGGUUACAUAUUCCAGACUUUUUAAGAACCCUCUCUUCCCUUGGGGCCCUGGUAAUCAGUACUGUUUUUACCCCUAGUCCGAUGCCCCUGACUGUGGCACAACUAUUUCAUAAACAUAAAAAUUCACUUUUGUUUAUGAAUACAUUUUAAUACUGUAAAUGUUGAAGUACAAUUAAUUGCUUUGCACUGAUGUUUCCUCAUUUAUAAGAUGUGAUAAAAGCAACUCCGAAAUAAUAAAGUUGAGAACGUUUAUGUACUUCUCAUUAACAAAACGUAAUAAAAAUCUGUAAUUUGAAGAACAAAAUGUGUUGAAAUAUCAAUUCAUGAAGUCAUCUAAAUUGGUCUAAAUUAACUGACAGCAAAAAAUAUGCCACAGUUAAAUUCUAGGCCUACAUAUUUUACAUAAAAUAUGCUUUUCAAACAAUUGCAUAAGAACAUCAUCUUGGAUCAAUGCUUACCAAUUUUCAGUAGCCUACCGUAAAACGUUUUAGUCAUUCAAAACCUAGGCGUGUAUUUUCUUAUUUUCAGCCACUAGGUGUCAUUAUUGCCUCAUUUUAUUGAAUUACUGAUGGUGUCUAAGCCGUCAAUUUCUCUGGAAAUGUGCAAAUGAAGACUGAUGACUGCUACUUGCU